GAUUAUUACAACAUGGCUGCGCCCUUGGUCCGGUAGAUUUGCAGGACUGAAUCAAUGACAAUCGCUACAUGUGAUCUACAUUCUUGACCAACUUGACAUAAUGACAGGAAGGGCAAUCAUAUCUGUCAGUAGACUGUGUAGCAGACUACAGAGGUUAGCCACAACGACCAUCAUUAAACAUGGGCAGUCAGUAUCCAUGUCAACUCAUGUAACAGGUUCUCAGCCUCCGUCUGGAUCAGGUUUUCUUCCUGGGAUGUUUCCUGACACAAACCACAUGACAGCCUCUGACUUCGGAACUGGAAAGGACAUUGGAUUAAAAGACUUGAGGACCCGAAUUGCUUUGGAUUCAGCGUCUCUAGGCUUAGACCUGGAAUACAAAUGUCCAUCACUUCAUAAGCAAAAAGUAGCGAUACUUGACAUUGCGGAAAAGACUACUACUAGUUACGAUUGCCCAAAUUUAAUAUCAAUCAUAGAUAAAGAAAUCAUUUUGCCAAAUUCCUCCUUACUUAACCAAGUUGAAAUGCCAACUGCCAAGAAGAACGAUACUGAAAAACAUGCUAAAAAUAUUCUUAAAAUUAGAAAACGCAUGAGAAAGAAGCACCAACUGAGAAAGUGGAGAAAGAAAAGAGAAUCGGAGAUUAGAAAAGAAAAGGCGUAUAAGAUGAAGAAACGUGAGGCUAAACGUGACAAAGUCAUUGAAGGCUUGGUCAAUAAAGGUACAGUGUUUAAUGCUGAUACAUUUAUGGAGGAAAUAAUGCGUAAAGCUCAGCGCGGUGGGUACAGGACCUCUCUAUUUGGUGAGAAUAGGGAUGUGUAGACUAAUUCUGAUUCUGCGUUUGUGCUAUAUGUUUGUGCUAUUUACAAUUAGUGAUUAAAACACAGAUAUAACAAACAAGUGUUUUUUUGUUUUGUUUAAAUACCAUAUUUAACCAGUAGUAAGUUGAUACCUGCUGUUAUGUCUAGUCAUGCAUAUCCAAGUGGAAAUACAAAAAUAUGAUAUUUGAUUUUCCUAUAACCUUAAUUAAAAAAAAUUGUCAAGAAUAUGCUGGGUAGUCAGUGGAAACACUUUCCUCUCACCUAGCCAUCUGGGGUUCAGUUCCUGAAACGGAUACGAAAACGUACAGGGCCACCUGCCAACAACAUGGAUUUACCAGGAGUAUUCCAGUUUCCUUCCUCAUUAAGACCCUCCAUAUGCUUCCAUUAGGUCAAUAUGAGCGAUUACAGUAGUAUAAGCUGAUAGCUUGUUUCGCAAAUGUUGUAAGAUAGAUAAUGUUUAUAUUAUACUGAUAUACUGUAAACUUACCUAAUUUGGUAUAAUAAAAGUUUUGGCACAAA